AGUUUCGAAAACACCCCCACACACACACUCUCACACUUUACACUCUUCUUCUUCUUCUUCUUCUUCUUCGAUUCAGACUCAUUAAUGUCGUUUUCGUAAAAGGAAAGGAGAAUCGAUACAAUGGCGUCGCGGUUAUCUAUCUUCGUCUUCUUCUUCGCCGCUCUUCUCUCCGGAUUCUCUCUCGCCGAGGAUCCUUCCGUCUUCCACGUCUACGAACUCUCUUACAUCACAGCUUCUCCUCUCGGCGUUCCUCAACAGGUUAUAGCAGUCAACGGAAUAUUCCCAGGCCCCGUUGUAACCGCCACAACAAACUACAACGUCGAAGUCAACGUGUUCAACCGUUUAGACGAGCCUCUUCUACUCACGUGGAACGGGAUCGAGAUGCGGCGUAACUCGUGGCAAGACGGCGUUCUCGGCACCAACUGCCCCAUCCCUCCCCAGUGGAACUUCACUUACAGCUUCCAAGUCAAAGAUCAGAUCGGGAGCUUCUUCUACUUCCCUUCCCUCAACUUCCAGAGAGCCUCCGGUGGUUUCGGUCCGAUCGUAAUCGAUAACCAGGAUCGUAUCCCUCUCCCCUUCGCUAACCCUGACGGCGAGAUCACCUUCAUGAUUGGUGAUUGGUAUACUCACAACCAUACCGUGUUAAGGAGGAGACUUGACUCUGGUGAAGAGCUAGGGAUGCCUGAUGGAGUCCUUAUCAACGGGAAGGGUCCUUACAAGUACGACGCCACCGUACCUGAUGGGAUUCAAUACGAAACUGUCAAUGUUCAUCCAGGGAGAACAUACAGGAUCCGUGUUCACAAUGUUGGUACCUCGACGAGCUUGAACUUGAGGAUUCAGAACCACAAGCUGCUCUUAGUCGAAACCGAGGGUCGUUACACCUCGCAGACGAACUUCUCGGAUUUCGAUAUCCACGUGGGACAGUCUUACUCUUUCUUGGUCACCAUGGACCAGAACGCCUCGAGUGACUACUACGUCGUUGCGAGUGCUAGGUUCGUGAACGAGACGGUGUGGCGGAGAGUCACGGGUGUUGGCAUUCUCCGUUAUUCUAACUCCAAAGGUCCUGCUUCUGGUCCUCUCCCGGUUCCUUCGACCGAUGUUUCUCACCCUUGGUCUGUGAUGCAACAACAGAGAGCCAUAAAGCAAAACACAUCUUCGAGUGGAGCUCGUCCAAAUCCUCAGGGAUCCUAUCACUACGGACAGAUAAAUAUCACAGGCACGUACAUUUUCAGAAGCACUCCUCCGACAAUGAUAAAUGGGUCGCUUCGUGCUACGCUUAACGGGAUUUCGUUUCUGAAUCCAAGCACACCUAUGAGGCUUGCGGAUAAGCAUGGGGUCAAAGGAGUUUAUAAGAUGGAUUUCCCAUCCAGACCUGUUGACAAGAGACCUCCCCGUUUGGAUAGUUCCAUCAUCAACGCAACGUACAGGAGCUUUGUUCAAGUUAUAUUCCAGAACAGUGACACCAAAGUACAGAGCUUCCAUAUUGAUGGAUACUCUUUCUACGUCGUUGCAAUGGACUUUGGUAACUGGACUGAAGACAGGAAAGGUUCUUAUAACAACUGGGAUGCAAUAUCAAGAAGCACAAUAGAGGUAUACCCAGGGGCAUGGACUGCUGUACUAAUGUCACUAGAUAACGCCGGCGUUUGGAAUAUCCGAGUUGAGAAUCUUGACAGAUGGUAUCUUGGUAGGGAAACAUACAUCCGAAUCGUAAACCCCGAGGAGAACGGUAAAACAGAAAUGGGUCCGCCCAAAAAUGUUCUUUACUGUGGUGCUCUCAAGAGCUUGCAGAAGCAACAAGUCCAUAGCUCUGCAUCAUCAAUGGUUAAUGGAAAUUUGAUUCGAAUUUUCAGCUUCGUGAUGGUUCUGCUCGCCUCACUCUGCUGAGUCACUUUCUGAUCUCCCAUUGGUUAGGUCGUAUAACUGUAGGACUCUCUUAUUUUCUUCUUCUUUGAUUUCAUUAAUUAGUUGUUUCUGUAGUCAGAUCUUUUUCUUCAUAACAACUUUAGUUCGUGGGGGUUGUUGGUUUGUGUCUCAAGCAUUGUAAACAACUAAAUGUUUUUUUAUGGGUCUUCCACAUAUUCCUCAUUUUCCUUUAUUUUAUUCACGUUUGUUCAUCCAUA